AUGGAUGCCGUCUCAUCGUAUAGCUUUGGCAACCUCGCCUGGCUCAGCACCCAGGCUAUUCCCCUCAUCAUAUGGCCCGGAUUCAUAUCCUCUCUACUGAGGGUAGAAGGUGCCAGCUCUAGCUCUUUGGAAGAGUACUUUGCCCGGUCCCUCGGGUUCGCCCUCCUCUCUCUCGGCCUCAUCGUCGUGCUCCUAUCCGGGGCCGUGCCUCUCGGUUCUUCGCUGGAAGCGCCCAAAGACGGCAUCUCCCCGUACGCGUCGGCCGUGCUCAUCGUGUCCAUCUUCCACCACACAUCCAGCGCACUCUACUGCUACGGGAGAUACACCUACACCGGGGAAACGGGCUUCAUGCUGGGACUGCUCGGCAGCGGCUUCUUCGCCAUCUUCGCCCUCUACUGUGUCAUGUUCGCCGGGGACAAGGCCAUGAUCAGCAAGUAUCACAAGUUUGACCAGAGCACAAGCGGUUUUCCAUUCAAGAACUCUGAGUCCUACCGUGCCAAGAAGAAGGCCCUCUAA